UGCGAGGCGGACAACCGACCCGCCUGAGGAGCAGCAGGGAGCGGACAGUAAGGGACGGAAAAGCAGCCUCUCCAAACAACAGCAACACGUUUUCUUACUUCAAUCUCUUCGUUUUGUGAAGCAUCUUUUUUUUUCUGCUUAGCUUUUUAAUUCUUACUUUUCCACAAAAUGACCGGCACGCUCACAGGGUUGCUGGUUGCUCUGUGCGUAACGAGCGCAGUCCACGGUGCGCCAAAAAAGAGCAAAAGACAAAGUGGGCAGUAUCAAGUGUAUCCAGACCCCCACGACACAUCGGCCUUAACUUCAGUCGGCUGUGAGGAAAACGGUCGGUCAUACAGACUGAAUGAACAGUGGGAGAAACCGUACCUUGGAAAUACUCUGGUGUGCACCUGCAAUGGAGCAGCGGGCAUCAAAUGCAAAACUAAACCCGAAGUGGAGGAGACCUGUUAUGAUAAGUACAAUGACCGGACAUACCGGGUCGGUGAAACCUACGAGAGACCCAAGGACGGCAUGAUGUGGGACUGUACCUGCAUUGGUUCUGGUCGUGGAAAAAUCAGCUGCACCAUCGCAAAUCGCUGUCAUGAAGGUGGGAGGUCGUAUAAAAUUGGGGACACUUGGCAGAGACCACAUGACACUGCUGACUACAUGCUGGAGUGUGUUUGUCUUGGAAAUGGAAAAGGAGAGUGGACCUGCAAACCUGUGGCUGAGCGUUGCUACGACAACAGUGCAUCAGCAUCAUACGUUGUUGGUGAGACCUGGGAGAAGCCAUACCAAGGCUGGAUGAUGCUGGAGUGUACCUGCCUGGGAGAAGGAAACGGACGCAUCACAUGCACUUCAAGAAACCGAUGCAAUGAUCAGGACGUAAGGAGGUCAUACCGUAUCGGCGACACAUGGACAAAGACAGACAGAAGUGGUCAGUACCUACAGUGCUUGUGUUUGGGUAAUGGCCGUGGAGAAUGGAAGUGUGAGAGACACAACGCAGGCCAAGGUACUGUUGUGUUGACCCCCGUCCACCCACAGCCUCUUCCCCAGCCUGAGCCCCCCAUCGAGGGAACGUGUCGCACAGACUCUGGAGCAACCUACUAUGACGGACAGCGAUGGAUCCGAAACCAGGGCAGCAAACAGAUGCUCUGUACCUGUCUGGGCAAUGGAGUCACAUGUCAGGAGUGGGAGGCCCGUAGCCAGGUGUACGGUGGAAACUCAAACGGACAGCCAUGUGCCUUCCCGUUUGUGUUCAUGGGAAAGACCUACUACUCCUGCACCUCAGACGGACGCACCGAUGGGCAGCUCUGGUGCUCCACCACUUCAGACUAUGAGAGAGACGAACAGUACUCCUUCUGUACCGAGAAGAAUGCUAUUGUGGCAACACGAGGUGGGAACUCCAAUGGCGCUCUGUGCCACUUCCCAUUUCUGUACGGUGGUCGCAACUACACAGACUGCACCCCCGACGGGCGCCGUGAUGGUAUGAGGUGGUGUGGUACCACCCACAACUAUGAAGUAGAUCAGCGCUUUGGAUUCUGUCCCAUGGCUGCCCAUGAGGAGGUUUGUACAACCAAUGAUGGAGUGAUGCAUCGUGUGGGUGACAAGUGGGACAAGAGGCAUGACGUCAUGGGUCACAUGAUGGAAUGCACAUGUCUGGGCAACGGCCGUGGAGAGUGGAGCUGCAUCGCUUACUCACAGCUGCGAGAUCAGUGUAUUGUUGAUGGCUACACAUAUGAAGUAAACCAGGAGUUCUCCAAGCGCCACGAUGCCGGCUACAUGAUGAACUGCACCUGCUAUGGACAGGGACGUGGACGGUGGAAGUGUGACGCCAUCGAUCAAUGUCAAGAGCCACAAACUAGGGAAUUCCAUCAGAUCGGGGAGACAUGGGACAAAACAAUCCAUGGCAUCCACUACCGCUGUUAUUGUUAUGGCAACGGGAUCGGAGAAAUGAGAUGUGAGCCACAGCAGACCUACCAAGACGGCCACAGACCCGUCCAGGUGAUCAUCACAGAGGCCGGAAAGCAGCCAGACUCCCACCCCAUACAGUGGAACCCCCCCUCAUCUGUUCAUAUCACCCAGUACAUCCUUAAAUGGAGAAUUAAAAACAGCCAAAGGCCCUGGAGGGAGGCUGUCAUUCCUGGACACCUCCACUCCUACACCAUCACUGGGUUACGUCCAGGUGUCACUUACGAGGGUCAGCUGAUCAGCAUCCUGCGCUACGGACGCCGCGAAGUUACACGUUUUGACUUCACCACUACCUACGGUUCUCUGGAAACGUCAGAGGGAGAGACGACCAAGCCCCCCCCAGUGGUGGACGCCGCCGAGUCCAUAACAGAAAUCACCUCUAACAGCUUCGUGGUGUCGUGGACGUCGGCGUCUGCCACCAUCUCCGGCUUCAGGGUGGAGUAUGAGCUCAGUGAGGAGGGAGCCAAGCCUAAAGUCCUAGAUAUUCCUCGUACAGCAAACUCCGUCACCAUCUCAGAUCUACUGCCGGGACGCAGAUACAACGUCAACGUCUAUGAGCUUCCAGAUCAGGGAGAGCCACACCUCAUCCUGACCACCUCACAAACGACAGCUCCUGAUACCCCUGGUCAGCAUUCUGUUGGUUCGGUUGACGAGACCUCCAUCCAAAUCAGCUGGUCCAGGCCUCAGGCACCGAUCACCGGUUACCGUGUGGUCUACACCCCAUCACUUGAAGGCAGCAGCACAGAACUGACCCUGCCUGACACACAGACCUCAGCGACCCUGGUGGACCUUCGGCCUGGUCUGCUUUACAACAUCAGCAUCUACGCUGUGGAGGAGGGUCAGGAGAGUGAGCCUCUUUUUGUCCAGGUCAACACCGCCGGUUCCCCUCUACCAGAGGAGGUCCCAGCCCCUACAGACCUGCAGUUCUACGAGGUUUCAGAUGUGAGGAUCACCAUCACCUGGACCGGACCCCCCAGUGAGGUCACAGGCUACAGGGUCACCUUCUCCCCCGUUGGUCCUGACGGCACUGAGACACGGCCCCUGCAGCUGCCGAUCUCACCCAAUGCGUACGCUGAUAUCACCCACUUGCAGCCUGGCACACUGUACCGCUUCUACAUCUACGCCAUUAACGGUGGAGUGGAGAGUGAGCCGCUGAUUGGAGAAAAGACAACCAAACCUGAUGCUCCCACCAAUGUGCAGUUCACUGACGUCAGCUCCGACAGUGUGAUGGUCAUCUGGGACGCCCCCCGUGCUGUUGUCUCUGGUUACCGUCUCUUCCUGAGCAUUGAAGGCUCCAGCCCUGUUGAGAAGAGGAUCCCAGGUCAGGUCACACAGUUCCCCUUGAGGAAUCUGCGUCCAGACACCCAGUACACUGCCAUCCUGCACUCUGAGCUGGACAACACGCUCAGCGAGGGUACCACUUCAUAUUUCACCACCGCUCCCCAGAUGGGAAAUGCUCCUCCCUUCAGCACUGAGGUCACUGACACCUCUAUCAUCAUCACCUGGAUACCUGUCCGCAGGUUCAGCUACAAGCUGUCUGUGCUCCCCAGCCAGGAGGGUGAAUCUCCCAGAGAGCAGACUUCGGACACCGGUCGCAUUUACGUAACUGAUUUGAUCCCUGGAACUGAGUACACCUACAGCGUCCAGCCCAUUUUCAAUGGACGCAACCGUGGAAAUCCCAUCACACGCAAUGUGGUCACUUCUCUGUCUCCUCCCACUGACCUAAGAGUGGAGUCCAACCCCAACACAGGAGAUCUCACUGUCUACUGGGUAGCCUCCAAAACUCCAGGCAUCUCAGGCUAUAGGGUGACGAGCACGCCGACUAACGGCCAACGAGGAAACUCCCUAGAAGAGCUGGUUCGUGCCGAUCAAACUUCAUGCAUUCUUGAAAACCUGAAUCUGGGGGUGGAGUACAACGUCAGUGUGUUCACAUCCAAAGACCAUUUGGAAAGUGCACCUGUGUCCACCAUUGUCACCCCAGGCAUACCCCCGCCAAGUCACAUUGACUUUGUCGACGUUACUGACACCACCAUUGGCCUGCGCUGGAUCCCUUUGAACUAUUCUACCAUUACCGGUUACCGGAUUUCCGUAGUAACAGCAGGCGAGAGCAUGCCGAUUUUUCAAGAUAUGGUGGAGGCAUCUACUGGUUAUUACACAGUUCGUGGUUUGGAGCCGGGUGUGGACUAUGACAUCAGUAUCUCCACAGUUACAGAGGAGGGAGAAAGCGAGCCGACCACACAUACAAAGCAAACACAUGCUGCCAUACCAGCUCCUACCAACCUGCAGUUUGGAGGAGUGGGACCUGACCAUAUCAGAGUGACCUGGACAGUCCCCCAUGUUGCCACCCCAAGCGACAUCUCUCGGUUCAUCAUCCGUUAUCACCCUGUUACCACUGACGAUGACUUUAAGGAGGUUAAUGUGGGCGGAGCCACCAACACCUACCUGCUACAGAACCUGCUGCCUAACACUGAGUACCGUAUCAGUGUCGUGUGUGUUUAUGAUGAACGAGAGAGUCAACCAGCAACAGGAACUCAGAGGACAACUCUGGACUCCCCUACUGGCCUGGACUUCUCAGACAUUCAGACUAACUCUUUCACCAUUCACUGGGUGGCUCCAACUGCUGUUAUCACCGGCUACCGCAUCCGUUAUCAGGAGACGAGCGGCGGACGCGCCAAAGAUGAGCGGCUGCCCCCAUCCAGGACCCACUACACUCUGACCGGACUGACACCGGAGACGGAGUAUCUGAUCUAUGUGUAUGCAGUCAGUCACAAUCAGGAGAGUCAGCCUCUGACCGGCACACAGGCCACCAUCUCUGAUGCUCCCACCGACCUGGAGGUUACUUCAUCCACCCCCACCAGCAUCAAUAUUCGCUGGGACGCCCCCUCUGUCACUGUGAGAUACUACAGGAUUGUUUAUGUGGGCGGAGAUGGCGCUCCUCAAGAGUUCUCAGUCCCAGGCACCCAGACCACGGCCACCAUCAACCAUCUGAGGCCCGGCACAGACUACACCAUCACCGUCUACGCUGUUACUGGACGAGGAGACAGCCCUGCCUCCAACACCCCAGUCUUCAUCACACACAAGACGGACACUGAGACCCCCACUGACAUGCAGGUGACCGAUGUGAGUGACAACGCCAUCACGGUCCGCUGGACUCCUGCUCAGGGACCCAUCAGAGGAUACAGGAUCACCAGCAUCCCCAAGAAUGGUCUGGGACCCUCCUACUCUGAGGUGGUGGGCCCUGAUCAGACACAGAUGACGUUCACGGGUCUGAUGCCCACAGCUGAGUAUGUCGUGAGUGUCUACGCCUUGGGCACAGACGGACAGCCCUCGUCCCCUGCUGUGGAGAAUGCAAUCACUGCUAUGGACCGCCCUAAAGACCUGACCUUCUCUGACAUUGACUCCACCUCCAUGCGCAUCACCUGGGACAGUCCAGACGGCACCGUGACCUCAUACCGCGUCCUGUACUCCAGCUCAGAGGAGAGUGAGAGGGAGCUGCGUCCUGCACCCAGACGGGACCAGGACAGUGUGGUUCUGACAGGCCUCCGCCCCGGCACAGAGUACACCGUUAAAGUCAUCGCCCUUCACGGCCACACAACAAGUACACCACUGGUGGGACACCAGGCCACAGUAAUCCCUGCUCCCACAAACCUGGUGAUCUCAGACGUUGGUCCUUCCUCCUUUGUUGUGUCAUGGCAAGCCCCCCGUGCACGUCUGACCGGCUACCGCGUGGUCGUCAACCCUAAGAACAUCAACGGCCCCACCAAAGAGAUGAACGUUGCUCCAGACACCACACGUGUCACUGUUCCAGGACUGAUGGUGGCAACGACAUACCAGAUCUACGUCUAUGCCUUGAAGAACUCUGUCACCAGCAGACCACUGGAGGGAGAGACGACCACACUGGAAGAUGUAAGCCCUCCAAGGAGAGUGCGAAUCUCUGAUGUAAAGGACACUUCUUUCACACUGACCUGGCGCACCAAGGUGGAAACCAUUUCUGGUUUCUUCAUUGAUGCCACACCCGUUAGUGGGUCACAGCCCACUAUCACCAGGACCAUCCCUGCAGAUACACGCACCUACACUCUCACAGGUCUGCAGCCAGGCACCACAUACUCAGUUAAACUGUACACUCUGAAUGGAAACACAAAGAGCGCCCCCUUCACUCUCACCGUUCAGACAGCUCAACCAGUCGUCCAAGCCCCCACCAACUUGCAGGUCACAUCUCUGACCCCCACCUCCGUCUCCUUCACCUGGCAGCCACCCGCCACUCACAUCACAGGAUACUACAUCACCUAUGAGGAAUCAGGCACAGCACCACGAGAGCUCACCCCACGGCCCCACGCUGGCCAAAACUACGCCACCAUAACUGGCCUGAGACCUGCAACCGAGUACAUCAUCAAGAUCAUUGCCAUCCAGAACACUCGGAGAAGCACACCCCUGGUGGGCCGAAUCAGGACUCAACCAGACUCCUUGCUUCCCCUGCCACUGCCACACCAUCCUGGAGGUUCUGGGGACAGGUUGGAUGUGCCUGAACCUGAUUUGGACAACAGAGUUCAUGUAGUGGGCACCAAUGGCCAGGAUGGGCAUAGUGGUCAAAGCCAGCAUGUGGAGUACACAGAGUACAACAACAAUGGAGACAACAGGUAUAAUGGGAACCCCCAGUCACCCUAUGGGCAGGUUCGUGAGCCGCUGGUCUUUGUGCCCAUUCCCGAUGCAGAGGGCCGCAGGCUGCCCAUCCUCAGACUGAACGUACCCGUCGGCUCCACGUUUGGUAAUGAGACCGGAGUCCCACAGGAGGCCCAAACCCAGACCACCAUCUCCUGGAAGCCGUACAAACAGAGCAACGCCUAUCUGGUGUCCUGCCAUCCAGUCACACACUUAAAUGAGAAGAUGUUCCAGGUCCGCCUGCCAGGCACAGCCACCACAGCGACCCUGAUAGGACUGACCCCCGGAGCAAACUACAAUGUGAUGGUGGAGGCUCUCAUUGGGGCGCUCAAGCACAAGAUUCUAGAGCAGAUGAUCACCACUGGAAACAGCAUGACAGAUGGAGUUCCUUCCAGUGGAGACUCAUGUUAUGACUCCUUUACCGCCACCCACCACAAUGUCGGUGCAGAGUGGGAGCGCAUGUCAGAGACAGGCUUCAAGCUGUGGUGCAGAUGCCUGGGCCUGGGCAGUGGUCACUUCAGAUGCGAUUCAUCGAAGUGGUGCCACGAUAAUGGAAACAACUAUCGCAUCGGAGAGAAGUGGGACCGCCGUGCUGAGAACGGUCACCUGAUGAGCUGCACUUGUUUGGGAAAUGGGAAGGGCGAGUUCAAGUGUGAACCACAUGAGUCUGUGUGCUAUGAUGAUGGUAAAACCUACCAAGUGGGCAACCAGUGGCAGAAGGAGUACCUGGGUGCUAUCUGCACCUGCACGUGCUUUGGAGGACAACAGGGCUGGAGAUGUGAGAACUGCCGCAGACCAGGUGCUGAUGUAGAUGCCAGUCUGCUGCAGCCUGUUAGAUAUGGAGACAACACACUACACAAACUGAACAUUCACUGCCCCAUUGAAUGCCUUCGACCCAAUCUGCUGGCAGACACACACGUUCCCCAGAAUACAGGAGAAUAAAGGAUCGGUCAUCCGCUCGCUCCCUCACCGUCCAAUCGCUGCACUGUUUCACCUCGUAGAAGCCUCUAGAUGCUCUUUGUGACUCAACUGAACUAAGUGCCUUCAUCACUUUCUGACACGUUCAGCUGAAAACUGCCCUGCUGCCUGAUGAAAACGGAUCAUUUGUCUAAUGCGAGUCUUUUCACUGUUGACUGUCUCUAAAUUCAUACUUACUGUAAAAUGAAUUCUCGUGCCAAUACAGUGUUCUUGUUUAGCUGUUCCUUCUUAGGUCUUGUCACCAUUAAGAUUUCCACAUUUGCAAAAUGAUGUUUUCUCAUUGAAAUACUUCCCAAAGUUGCCUAAUCAAAGAGCAGAAACUGUCAGAAAGUAAGCACUGUGUUAAAAGAAUGUCAAUGUAGUGAUUAACAAUAUUGUGUAAACUGUCCAUGAAAAUGUGCUUUUCUUUUCUGUAGCCCUUCAUCUGUUUGUGAGGGGGUCGCACUGUGUGGGCUUGACACAUUCUGAAGUCUUGCUACUAAUUUAUCCCUUUACUCAAUGUGUGAAUGUUUCAACUGGGAUGUGAGAAUUGUAACUUUUCUAUUUUUGUACUUUGUUGUUUGUGCCAAAGUUAUUUCAACCUCUGACAAAAAGAAGUCCCUUAUUUUAAUAAAGCUGGAGAGAUCCUGAAAGAUUA